AAGGGGGUUUCCUGUUGUUCCUGGAGUUGAGUAGUUUAAAAUGAGCUAUGAAACAUCUGUUAUAGAAAUAGGAACCCAUGUGACGAACAAGGACUAACCUAUUAAUAGGUUGCAUUUUCUUUAGCAGCGUUUCACUUCAAGUCCUUGUUCUUGGAGGAUUUAAUGUAUGUGGGGAGUUAGUUCAUGAAGAUUCUGCUGCUGGAAUUUCGGUAAUAAGUAGGAUGAACACUUAUGAAGAAUGACUUGCACUUGUUGGACUACUAACUGCCAUUGACUUAGAAGUGGCUUAUGAAAUUGACUAUGCAGAGAUGAAGACCUUGGAAAACAGUUGUAUCUGUGGGACAUUAGCUUUUGGUUUCUAUCUGCCUUUGUUGGCAGCUUCCCUUGAGACAGUUACCAUCCCAGCGCAGCUGAAGUCAGCAGUGGCUAAGGUUUUGGUCAGUACCACAUCCUGCAGUGUCACCUGUGGCCUGGGCUUCAAGGUGGAGGAGAUAUGUCAGAUUGAUCCGCAUGGCAAAAAGAGUCAUUGUAUCUUCCGCAGGUCAGACUGCCUGACCAACUGGAUCUGUGGGUUACUCCAUUUCACUGUCCCCGUUGGCAAACCAUUUGAGCUCAGCUGCCUGACUUCUGAGAUGAUUGGUGUUGGCAGUCAGGCCUUUAUCUACACUUGGAGGCUUGCCAGAGGCAUAAUCACCACAGAUGAUCUGCUUUUCAAACCUUUCAAGACCCCAGGCUAUGUCAUUAAACUUUCCCCUGCCAAAGAAUCUGAUGCAGGGACUUACAGGUGUGAUGUGCAGCUGAUGAAGACAUUCAAGCUCGUCAAGAGGAUCUACUUUGGGCUUCGAGUGAUCCCUAAUGAUUUAGUGGAUCUGAACUUUCAGAAAUCCUUGACUCUGGAACAGAAAUUAGCAGCAAAUGAAAAGGAAGCAAACCAACAGAAUGCCACCAGUGUUGUAGUACAAUGGCAUCAGCAGCCUUGGCAAAGAAGGGCCUUGUUGGUGUUCCUGAUAGGAAUUGGAAGUGGGGUGGCAGGAGGUGUGUUGGUGGGCACAGUUCUCUACUUUUUGCUGGAGGCUCGCAGGAAAAACAGACCCACAGAGGAGUGAACUGCUUUUUAAUGUGGUCUCUCCUGACAGAAGGAUAGCUUAUUGCAAUACUUAUGCUGUCUUAGUGGCAGUAUUUCAAACUGAUGUAGGUGUGUGUUUCUGAUAA